UUUCUCAAUAUAUUUUCUUGCAUUCUUUCUUUCAUUUCUGCAGGAGAAGACGUAUCAUAACUACAACGAGAUUCGCUUCAUGCCCAAUCGGUUCAAAGAAUACCUGCUGUCUCAAGAGAUCGGCUUUGCAAGCUGUGAAGUCAUCGGUACUCCCAUCAACAAGUCUAAAGGUUUUAGACGACCCAUGAUGAUGUUCACCAAGCUCCAGAGCAGCAGUCGUCCAGUCAGCAGAAGACCUUCCACAGAGAGACCGCCUGCAACCGUGACCUCGUCCAUUCCUGUGGCUAGUCCCCAACCCCUGAUGCAACCAGCUGCAAGCUCUUCUACCACCGCGACACCCAGUGUUGGAGAUCAGGCGAGGUCGAAAGUAAAGGACAAACUCCUUGCAGACACCAUUCCUACGGCCGCUUCUCAACCCUUGAUGAAGCCAGAGGUUAGCUCUUCUGCUGCGGAGACUUCAGGGUUUGGUAAGAAGGUGAGGUCGAAAGUAAAGGAAGAACCCCCUGUAGGAACCAUUCCAACAGUCACCACUCAACCCUUGAUGAAGUCAGAGGUAAGCUCUUCAGGUAUUGGAAAGAAGGCGAAGUCAAAUGUAAAGGAAGAACCCUCUGUUCCUGCAGCCGCUCCUCGACCCUUGAUGAAGCCGGAGGUAAGCUCUUCUUCUUCUGCAGCAGAGACUUCAGGUAUUGUAAAGAAGGUGACGUCGAAAGUGAAGGAAGAACCCUCUGUAGAAACCAUUCCUUCAGCAGCUCCUCAAUCCUUGAUCAAGCCAGUGGUUACCUCUUCUGCUGCUGCAGAGACUCCAGGUAUGGGAAAAGAGGUGAGUUCCAGAGUGAUGCGGGAGCCAAAAGCGGAACCCAUGGCAGAUAAGGAGGAGAAGGAGGGGGUAGCUGUUGAGGUGAUGGACGCUGCAGAGAUCCCGGAGGAAGCAGAAAAGGAAGGUGUUGCCAUGACAAUCAAGCAUGAGGAUAACAAGGUUACUGAUGACACUACGAGUGAUGCAGUUGCUAUGGCAACUGUUAAGAUUGAAGCAGAGAAGAUGGAGGAGAAAGGAUCAUCAUCAUCAACCACAACAUCAUCAUCUAGGAAAGACGUGGAAACAAAGAAAGAUGACGAGGAGGGCCAUAGAAAUAAAAAGGAUUCUGGGGGUACCACUUAAAAAGUUUUCCAGAAAGAAUUUCACAAGACAAUCACUCUGAAAGCGGAUAGUACAAAAAUGACAUAUCUUACUGUACCUGCACUUUUCUGCAUUAAAAAAAAGUUUGCAAUUAACAACGGAAAUGGAUUUGUUUAUGAUUGAGCGUUCACAAUUUUUCCCCCUCUCAAACACCAACUCGUAAUAGAAAGUGAGAUGAAGCAAUUUCUAGCUUGAAUUGUCAAAUCUUUAAAAAGGUUGUAUUUGUUUGUCUUGCCUGUUAAGUGUGAAGAAAUUUAUCAUGGGUUCACAUAUUCUCAAGGAACUGUUUAUGAAAUAUAGAGAAAAAGAAUAAAAACAUUUACAGGGGGGGCAGUUUGAGUUGGAAAUAUCUCUUUUGGCGGUGUGAUGACAGAAGUAGUGAAAUAGUUUACAAAAAGUCAUGCGUCUAGGCUCAUA